AUGAAUAUUUCUUUCUCGAUUCCUGUUUACGUUUUUGCAUUCGGUCACUCUUUCUUUCUUUCUUUCUUUCUUUCUUUCUUUCUUUUUCAUAUUUUCUAUAAAUCUCUCACUCUUUCUUUCUUUCUUUCUUUCAUCUCUCUCAUAUUUUCUAUAAAUCUACGCUGUCAUUCUUUCUUUCUUUCUUUCUUUCUUUCUUUUCUCCAAUUUUCUAUAAAUAUAUCCUUCCUGUUUCCUGUCUACGUUUUGAAAUUGUCAUUUUUUCUUUCUUUCUUUCUUUCUCUCUUUCUUUCUUUCUUUCUCAUAUUUUCUAUAAAUCUGUCACUAUUUCUUUCUUUCUUUCUUUCUUUCUUUCUUUCUUUUAUCUCUCUCAUAUUUUCUAUAAAUCUGUCACUAUUUCUUUCUUUCAUAUUUUCUCUUAAUAUUUCUUUCCUGUUUCCCGUCUACGUUUUUACACGCUAUCAUUCUUUCUUUCUUUCUUUCUUUCUUUCUUUCUUUCUUUCUUUCUUUCUUUCUUUCUUUCUUUCCCAUAUUUUCUAUAAAUAUUUCUUUCCUGCUUCCAUGAUCUAUCUAUCUAUCUAUCUAUCUAUCUAUCUAUCUAUCUAUCUAUCUAUCUAUCUAUCUAUCUCUUUCACUUCAAAUCUAUCUCUAUUUACAGACUGA